CCCGUUGUGUGUCACAGGCAGCAUCAGCAUCAGCAUCGCAGCAUCAGCACCAGCAGCAGCAGACAUUUGACGAGCUCUAACGCGGACUGCGGACGCACACUGCGCGCUCACGCUCCGUGUGGGCGCACUGGGGGAGAAACGCAGGAUUGUCUGUUACAUUUCUGCGGUGCAGCGAUUUGUCUCCGAAGAGCCUCGACGCCCGCUUCUCUCUCUCCAUCCCGCCCGUGUGGAUGGUGGACUGCUGCAGAGUUCAUGGUGCUGCUGUGCGGGCGCGUCUGAUCCAAGGCUCGCGGCCAGGAAGCGGAGGAGGGGGGGAGGAGGUUAUCCGUGGGGCCGCAGACAGGAAGAGGGAGAGAGAAACACCUCUGUCCACGGCCGCGUCCGUCCGCUGCCCCGUGAUCGUGAAUGGACUGAGCUUCCACUGUGAUUUUCUGCAUUAGCUCUCGCGACUCGUCUGUGGAAGAAGAUGGCGGACAGGGCUGAGAUGUUUUCCCUUUCCACUUUCCAUUCCCUCUCUCCUCCCGGAUGCAGGCCAUCCCAUGACAUCAGCCUGGAGGAGUUUGAUGAUGAAGAUCUCUCCGAAAUUACAGAUGACUGUGGGAUUGGACUCAACUAUGACUCUGAUCCUUACGAGAAGGAUUCCCUCAUUCUGGAGAAGAGUGACAUGCACCACCCGAUCUGCUCCUUCCAGGAUGACUUCCAAGAGUUUGAGAUGAUUGAUGACGAAGAUGACGAUGACGAGGAGGAAGAGGAUGAAGAGGUUGACCCCGAUACGCCCCAAUCCCCCUUUGCCUCCCCUCCUCUCUCCCCUACCCUUGGCACUAUAAAGAGCAGACCCACCACGCUGAACCUCACCACUGCUGUGUCGCAGGAUUCUCUUAACAACAACAGCAGUCAGUCCCCAAAGAAAGGAAGCUGGCAGGACUCCCUACGCAACCCCACCUCACAGGGUCGUCUGUCUCCAACUCACUCAUGUCUGGAGGAUGGCAGCCAUGUGACAGGCCAGUGCCCAGUCUCUCCAGUUUCCCAGGCACCAGGGUCUCAGACCAAAGGUACUCCACACAAACAGACAGGGGAGGGAGGGAACCCCCAGUCCCCUCACAGGCCCCUACUCUGCGACAGUGAGGGCAACAGGCGCGAGAGGCCGGAAUACGGCUCAUUCGGUCAACUUAAGUCCCACUCGUGCACCGGUGAUGUCACUGAGCCAAAAGCUGACCCUUUGAUCCAGACAGCCAGAGUUCCCUCCGUAGACGAGCACUCCCAGUGUUCAGACACAGAGGUGGACCAUGACCUCAACAGCCACCACAAUCACAAACACUCAAACCGGUGUGCCACCGACACUUACACAAUCACCAGCGAGUCAGGUAUCGAGCCGGAGAAUGACCCAGACCCAGAUGGAACCAGUCACUGCUUGUCAUCCACUGCACCCAUGGGAGCCAAUGAUGGCGCUGACACACCCUUGACCGAUGAGGAGCUAGAGAAGGACUUUGAAGUGGAGUUCAUGUGUAAGGAGACAUAUGAUAUGGUGUGUAAGGAGAAGCAGUCAGCAUACAUCGAGUUCCCCUGCAUUGAACCUUCUGAGCCUGUCUCCUUCUCCAGCUAUAUGUCCUCCAGCCACUCAGAGGCUCUUGAGCAGUCCAACAGUACAGAUACUCAAGCAAAUUCUGCCAUGGAGGCAGCAGCUAACGACUCCACCUCUCCAUCCUCAGAUCCAGGGAUAGCAGAUAUGAACCAGCGGGGAUACUUAACUUCAGACCAGGACAAGGACCUCAGUUCUCCGGGGUCUGACUCUGACAUUGAAGGGGAGCUGGAGGCAGCGUUUGCCUGUGGAGGUCCUGUUGUCUCCAACAUGAUCUCCUCUAUUUCAGAGACAGAGCUGGACCUUACCAGUGAUGAAAGUAGCAGUGGACGCUCAUCUCAUCUCACCAACUCCAUUGAGGAGGCUAGCUCACCUACAUCAGACCAGGAACUGGACCUAGACACAGAGUUGGAGCAGGACAGUGGUAUUGUUGGACUGAAAGCGUCUCUGCUUCUGGGCCAGCCCGACCCAAUCAAAGAAGGAUCUCCUCUACCAUCUCCUUCCCCUCUACCCUCACCCACAAUGGCUACACCAUCCCCUGUUGACUCGCCCAUCUUACCCCCUGAGCCUUAUGAUGACGGUGAAGCUCUGAUGGGGCUGCAGAAUGUGGAUGAUGAGCUGUCCUGCGAGCACCAGGCUGACCCAGAUGAGACUCUGCCGCCGGCCCAAAGCUGCGAGGACAGUCUGUCCAGACAGAUGGUUCUCCAGAUAGAACCAGACCACAGCAUGGAGAGCUUCAAACGCUCCUUCUACCUGCCAGUGGGACCCAGGCUAAUACAAAGUUCAGAUGAAUACGAUGGAACAAGUGAGGGAGACUCAGAAUCAGAAAGUGAGGAUGACUUAAGUGAGAAUUCAGACUCACCCUGGCUGCUCAGCAACUUGGUCAACAGGAUGAUCUCAGAGGGCUCGUACCCAAUCAGCUGUCCCGAGGAGUGCUUCAAGAGGAAGGUGUCAGUGUCAGACACCAUCUCACCAUCCUCAGACAUUGGAGAGGGAGAUGGCUUCAAUGAUGAGGACAGAGAGAGGAAAGCAGAGAUGGAGGAAUCAGAGGAAGAAGAGAAAGAGGGUGAAGAGUACAGAAUGGAAAGGAUGGAGCCUGGAGAAAGAAGAAGUGUGGAGUCUUCAAAAGAAGGAGUAGUUAUAAGCCCCUGUCUGUAUAUGAGCAACUCUACUGGUGACACAGCAACCCCUGUUAUUUUAGAGCGCUGUGCAAACAAUGGGAGAGGAAUCGCAGAUUUCAGCUCCUUGUAUACCACUAAAGACUCUGAGAAGAACUUGAUGGAAAAAACAUCGAAGAAUGGCAAGAGACAGGAGGAAGAUGAGGAGCCUAAUAACGACUUGACGAUGCUGGAGGGAAGGAGGGAUCUGGACUCACCCAGUUUCAGUGAGAGUGUGGUCAGCGACAAGGACGAAGGUCGAGAGACAGAGCCCAGGCCAACGAGCCGCUCGUCAGCCUCUCUUGAGCGUAUCACGGAGGUCAAACAUAGCCUGACGCUCGACAUCCCCACCACCCAGACCAACCGCUGCUUCAGCCUUACCUACUCCACAGACAAUGACGAAGAGGAGGACGAUGGGGACUCUUAUCCAUUCGUGAGUGGCCUGAGGAAGCAGUCCUUCAGAGGUAGUGACUUGGAGCUGGACAGUUCACCGCCCAUCGAUUCCAGUGUGCAAGACCAUCGUUCAUCCGACCAUGACCUCCCACUGUGUGAGAAAGAUCUGGCUCUGAGGCCGUCGAAUGAAGAGGAUGAACUGGCCUAUGACUCCAUGAAAUACACACUAGUGGUGGAUGAAAAUACUACGCUGGAGCUAGUCAGCCUCAGAAGGUGCACCUCUGUUCUGAGCGAUGACAGUGAGCUUUCCACGCUAUGUGACGACGAGCCUUUGGGAAGGAGUGAGGUGGGCUACGGUCGAGAUGAUGAGAAGGUGAGGUCAGAACUUCUCAGUUCUUCCGAGGACUCCUCCCCUGAAGCUGACCUCCCAUUCUCCAAGAAGUUCCUCAACGUGUUCGUCAACAGCACCUCCCGCUCCUCCAGUACAGAAUCCUUUGGACUUUUCUCCUGUACCAUCAAUGGCGAGGAGAGGGACCAGACACACAGGGCCGUCUACAGGUUCAUUCCCAGACACGCGGAUGAGCUGGAGCUGGAUGUGGACGAUCCUUUAUACGUGGAGGAAGAAGAGGAUGACUACUGGUACAGAGGCUACAACAUGCGGACGGGGGAGAAGGGUAUCUUCCCUGCCUUCUAUGCCCAUGAGGUCAUGGGCCAGUCUAAGGAGUUGUUGGGAAUGAAAAGAAAUCCGGCGUGGAUUGAGACUUUCAACGUUCAGUUUUUGGGGUCUGUUGAAGUACCUCAUCACCAAGGAAACGGCAUUCUCUGUGCUGCCAUGCAGAAGAUCGCGAUAUCGAGGAAACGGACGGUACACGUGCGACCUCCUUCCCUGUGUGAGUUGGAGAUUAGCUUGCAGGGAGUGAAACUGAUCAUGAGCUUGGAGGAUGACUUUGACACCCUCGAUGAGUACGACAGAUGUAGUCACUUCUUCCAGAUGAAGAACAUCUCGUUCUGUGGCUGCCAUCCGAGGAACAACUGCUACUUCGGCUUCAUCACCAAGCACCCCAUGCUGAACCGAUUUGCUUGCCAUGUGUUUGUUUCCCAGGAGUCCAUGCGACCUGUAGCAGAGUGUGUUGGUCGAGCCUUCCAGGAGUACUACCAGGAACACCUGGAGUACGCUUGCCCCACCGAGGACAUUUACCUAGAGUAAGAAGUGUUGCCACGACGACCACCUUCCUCCUCUACAGCUUGUGUAUGUUCAUCAAGUUUGCCACCAGAGGGCACUGUGAGUGGGGGGGCUUCUCUCCAUAGUAAAAAAAAUACUCUUCUGUGUCCCUCUAAAUACUGGGAGCUUCAUUUCUACAGUAUGCGACUUACUUCAUCUCUCUCUCUCUCUCUCUGUCUCUCUCACCGCGAUGGGUUGAUUGCCUGUUUCUUUGAUCCUUUUCUAUGAUAUAAAACUAAGACGCUGAGCACCUGUUUAUUUAAAGGUUCCUCUUUUGAAAUGACAAAAAAAAAAAAACGAUCUUACCUACUACUGCUGUUUCACUUUUCAAUGCAUGGCUAGUAGGGUUAAUGCACACAGACACACACAAGAAGUACACAUAUCCAAGUGAAUGGCAAGCAGCUCAACAAUCAGUACGGGAGCGGUGUGGAAUCAGGAGGCCGGGAGUUUGAUUAACUGUAAAUAUGUAUUUGGUCAAUAUUGACAAACUGCUGAUUAGAUUUCUACUGAUAGUGACAUUGGAGCAAAGUAGAGAGAGUACAGUGAACUGUCCUUGGUCCGAGCUUACCCCUGUGUUGCGUACAAGACGUAGUGUGUGUUGUAAAUACAUGUAUAGAGAGUAGACAUACAGGCGCCUCAUCCACACUAAUUAAGAGACACUCACAUUUAGGACCAAUGGAGGGGACUUCCUUCAUAGUUCUCUUGGAGGUAUUAAUGACUGACAGAAGUAAGUAGAGAUUAUUUACGACUGAUUCUUUUUGAAAAAGUUGUAAUGAUUGAAAUUGAACUUUGAAUGUCAUUAGCCCUGCAGACGUUUUAUUCAGACCGAGCACGGUAACUGUCGGCACAUCUGUAGGGAUUUGACAGAACCGUUUUUUUUACUUUUGUCCCAUCCUGAAAAUGUGUUUGUUGAGCUUCGCCAUGGGGAGCCGUCACAGGAAAUCAUUUAACCGUGUAAAACCGUGGUUCGUCACUGUGUGCUUUGCAAUGAUUGAUGUGACUUUCAGGUCAAAGAAAGCAGAAAGGUCAAAGGGCCUCUGAAAAGCCAUAUCCUCCCACCUCUGACUGUUGAACUGUUGGAUUUCAGUGACGCUCUAGUCUCCGCUUUGCUUUUGACUUGGCGGUUUCGACGACGGAAAAAGAACGACUGGAUUGACCACGUGGCGGUAAAGUUGUGUAAAGAGUGGUGGCUACUGUGCAGUGAGAGCGACUUGCUUAAUUCUCGGACUCUGUGUCAAAGUGGAAUUAAACCUUUAAUGAAGAGUUGAAUAUGAAGUUUUAUAGUUAUGUAAAUGGUUAGACUUUGAUCUGUUUUUAACUAUGAAGGACAGGAGGGAUAGCGACGCGGUCCCAUAUUUAUUUAUUUAUUGCUUUUAGUCCGGUCAAGGAUUACAGCAUCGUUCACACGUUACACAACAACCUACUUAUUUUAUAGCACCUUACAAAGGGGAGAGGGUUGAUUUAAAACUCGAUGCAGUCACCGCAGUCGACUGCUACAUGACAUGUUAGGCUUUGAGGUUUAACCCCGACCGUCCUCAUCAAUCGCUCGUUCUGUUUGGCUUCUUGUUCUGCUGCUUUCAGUCACAGUCCACCAGAACAAACAAGCACCUCAUAUUAUCUGCAGGAUUUCACUGAAUGUUGAUAUGGCAGGAGGGAGGCAGGGUGUUAUCUGCAUAUGUAUCGCUGUCAGUUAGAUCAUGUAUAUACAAUAGCGAAUCUAAGAUAGUGCUGUGUCCUUUAUGUUGAGUAUGUUACUAAAAUAAAUAUGUACAUUAAUUAAAAAGAAAUAAAAAAAAAAAACUAAAAGAUCACAACCAGACAAAUGGCCCUCGAAAGAUUAGAAAAACACGUUAAAUAUCUGUGAUCUGCAAUAAUUUUAUUUCAGUGUCUUAUGUUUCCACACAAGGUGUUUAUCCCAGUAUUUGUCACCCAGGUGGGAUUUGGGUUCCAUAAGGUCUCUAUGAACAGGCUUCAGCAGCACAUUUAGGGCAUAUUCGGGAAGAGUGUGACACACCCAGCAGAUUACUGACCUAUCAGCUGUUAGAGCUGAAAAGUGACUGAGUCAGCUGUCACUGGAAAACUCUAUUGCCGAUUGUAAUAAUCACCUCUGAGCUCCGACAGCGUUCCCCAUCACUGAUCUGUAUCUAUUUGCUUCUGAUUAUGAUUUUCUGCCUUGUUACAAAUCCUUCCUCACUUUCAACUACACAAAAACCACCUCUGAGGAUGAUCUCGUCCCAUAUUAGCCGCUGAGACAUACAUUAACAGUUAAACCAAACUUUUGACUUCACUACAUUAACAAGAUUCUUCACUGUAUACCUAGAGCAAAACCGUAUGUGACAGAAACAACAUAUCCUAUCUUGUAUCUUUAAAAACAAGGACUUGUAAAAUUAAAGGGAAAAACAAAGAAAAAAUGACAAAAAAAAAUCAUUCUGCCUUGUCAUGGAUCUGGUCUUAUGAAUAAAAUAUAUGCUUGAUGUCCAAAA